UUAUUUGUUCAGGUAUAUGUUUGCAUCUUUGAUUGAAUGUGUUUUUCUCUCUCUCUGUGUGUAGAUUUGUUAGUCUUAGCAUGCAUGGACUAUGGACAGUAGCUGUAUGUAACUAAGUGCCCUCAGUUGCAAUUUUUGGACGUUGUACUUUUUAAAAAAAGUAUUUCUAUUCUACGUGUCAUCAAAGGUGUUAUUUAAUUCAGAGUAGAAGGCAGCAGGCUUUUGCUGACUGGCUAAAUAUUUCAAAUCUUUGUGAACAGAAUCUGUUCAAAUCAGUUAUAUGUCUAUGGCAGCUGUGAUUGGUCAACUCUGGAGAAUAGACGAGGACUAUACUCAUGACAGCCCAGUCCAUUAAAAGUGGGGGCUGUAAUGCUCAACUUGACCUCUCGAUAUCCUUGUUUGUUAUGUUUGCGUCUUUAAACAAUAAUGUAAAAACAUAUUUUAAACAAACUCGUUUAGCUCCGAGCUCUUCAUCUGAGUGUCAGGCUUUGCAGAAACCAGUGCUUUUGAACAUCAUUUCCCUCUUUUGUCUGUGUUGAAUUACCAAAUUCAAACUCUAAAGAUAGUAACACUGCGUCUUGAGCUAUACAUUUAUGUUGAGCCAAAGCCUGAUUUGCAACAGUCAGAGAACAGCAGGAUGUUUCUGUUUGGUAAAUAGUACAUCCCUGAGAACGUGAGUUAAAAGGGAGUUUUUCCUUCCCAGUGUCGCCAAGUGCUUGCUUAAAAGGAGUUGUUUGAUUGUUGGUGUUUUCUAUCGAUGAUUGCAGGCAAGAGAUCAAAAAUUAUAGCGGACAUAAUUACACAUUGUUCUUGUCUGCACCUGUCUCUGUCCACAACCGAGCAAAAGACAAGAAAAGAAGAGGUCUGUGAUGUGCUUAUGUCUCCUCAGCACGAAAGUAGAAAAAAUAGCAUUGAAAACCUUUCAGAGAAGUUGAAAGCCCGGGGAUUAGAUACAUUCACCUCUUUAUUUGAAAUUUUGUCUGUCUUUAGUUUGGAAAUCCAACCUUACAUCAUUAUAUAUAUAACAGAAAGUAAGGUUUUAGAGGUAUUAGGGUAGAGUAUAACUGAUACCCUUUUAAAAUAGGCCUACUUCUGUCUUCAUUUGCCUUUGUACAAUGCCUGUAAUGAUCAUGUUUACCUCAAAAUUUGACCAAACUUUUGGCAUGAUUGGUAACCCGUCAAGAUGGUUCAAUUAGUCCGCCUUUUUUAUUUGUUUAUUUUUAUUUAAUCAUUCAUUUUGCAGACAGGUGAUGAUUUUGUUAUUAAAUGGGAUAUGCCAAAAACAAGCAGUCGAUGGUCUUGUAGUGAAGUAAUAUUGGGAUAAGCUUCCUAAUAUAAUUCUAAUUCAAAUCUUGCUUUUUUAAACUUUUUUUUACACUUUAGAGUGAAAUUAAUAAAUGAUCAUUGGUUCUUUUGUGAUUAUCACAGCUUUUAGAGUUUAAAAAGGUCCAGAAACUUUUAUAUUUCUGAAGUUCUGCAAGUAAGAGUGCCUGCAAGAGACAUAUUUAAUGACAUCUUACUCUGUUUUAGUAGAGUAAGAUGUGAUUAAAUAUGUAGUGUUGCGAAAUCAGUUUUACCCUGGUUUGUUUUAUUCCUCGAAGCUUCCAGAGACGGCACCGGACUCAGUAGUCAUUUCACAAAACCUUUAUUCGUCUUUAUUCAUCUUCAUUUAAGCACGCAUCUUCUAGAAGGGCAGACGAGGCCGGUGUCCCUCUGCAAAAUCUUCACCCCUUUGUUAGUUACAGCCAGCUUUAUAGAAGCGACCCCAUCAUAAAACCCCCAUGGUGUGCUGCAAACUCUGUGUGUCUGUGUGUAUGCACGAGCACGUGAGUGCCUAUGUGUGCGCGUACGCGUAUGCCUAUGUGAGUGCACGUGAGUGAAUGUAUGUGCGUACCUGUGCGUAUGUGUGAGUGCACGUGAGUGAGUGUGCGUGUGGAUGUGUGAGUGUAACAGUUUAAGCGCUGUGUGUGUGUCUGCGUACGUGACUUCCUGGGGGUCAUAAAAGUAACCUCACCCAAGCUACACCAAAUUCCUUUAGACCACAUACAAAACAGAGUUAACAUAUUGCAAAUAUUGAGACCACCACUCUGCAUCCACUGGGUCGUUGGCCUCUUGUUGUCUUACAUUUACAGAUCAGGUGGAGAGUCUCCUGCGAACCUACUUCUAAGUUAUAAUAAUUAGGAGUUUUUAUUAAAGGUACAAGCAUCAGCAACCCCCAACUGUAGCUUCCUGACUCCUUUUAUUUAUGACACCAGAUCCCAGUGUCCAUAAAUUCCUUUCUCUCUAAACAAUUAAACACACUCUCAGGCCACAGCUAAACCAAACUGAAACACAGACCAAUCCUUCCUUAUUACUGUGAUCUAAACAAAUUUAACACAUUACAUUCUAAUAAUUAUUUUCUUGUACUCACUGUAGUUUAUGCUUUCCAGUAUGCUUUCAAGGUAAAUACUUUGAACUUAGCAGCUCAUUUGUGCAUUAGUUUGUGAACUUUAUGGAGGUUUACAAAAUGUAAGGUCUAAGUCAACAUCCCUGAGCCUAACCUUAACCCUAUGCUAUUACAAUAUUAAUUCUUUGUUUGUUUUUUUAAUUGUUCUCCAAAGUCUUGUUAAUCAGAAAACAAAAAAAAUAAUCAUUCCAACAUGUAUAAAAACUAUUCUUUCCAAAAAACAUCCUUUUUUGCUUUUCUCUACAACAGUGUUAUGGUUCUGCUAGUCACUGAAGGUGACUUGCCUAAAAUAACCUCAGUUAAUCACAGUGUGAAGUAAAGGAUAUGAGGUUUAUGUCUUAAAAGACAAAGCGAAAGUAGAUAACAUAGUUACAGAUGAUGAAUAGCAGGAUCAGGAAAGCGUGUCGUUUCUGUUCGUGUCUUUCUUUUAACAAGUCAAACUUUUAAACACAACUUUGAUCUUUCGCUAACCUUAGCCAAGGUAGCUCUUAUCUUAAAAAAUAGUGAUGUCACGCUUGUGGCAGCUUUGAUUGAUUAGGACCUAAGCUGUUUGUUUUCCGUGUUUUUAGAGAUGGAAAAAAUUGAAAGCUGAACACGUCAAAAGUAAACAUCAGAAAAAUGUUUAGUUUAGUGUAAAACAGUGAAAUAUUGGAGAAAAUUACUUACAAUUUCUGGAGUACUACUUAUUGUUCAGCUGAGGAUAGUUUAUGUGUGUGUGUGUGUGUGUGUGUGUGUUUGUGUAUGUACAGGAUGGGGAGUCAUUACAAUAUGUUUGGAUGUGAUGGAAUCUCCCACUUGUUUUAGUCAUCCUCUCUCCAUCUCUUUCCGUCUCUCUUUCCCUCUUUUACUCUGGCUGCUAAUCAGCAUUUGAAAGGCAGCUUUGACAGUGAGAAAGAAAGUGAGGGGGGCACAUGGAGGUGGGGAUAAACGAAAGCAUGAGACACAGCGAGUUAGGGGGGGAGAGCCAGCCAGAGAGAGACUGAGGCGAGGGGCUGUACAAGCAUGCCUUUUAUAUUUACUAGUGACUGAGAGAGAGAGAGAGAGAGAGAGAGAGAGAGAGGGAGGGAGAGAAAGGGAGCAGCUGAAGGCAGAGACAACUGGUGUGCACGGCUUUCCCAAGAGGAAAUGAAAAGAAAGAAGCUCAGCAAGGAGAAUGAAUGAGUGAGCGGGAGAGAGGAAGGGUGGGAGGGAGCAUGCUGGCUGGAGAGAGAGUGAGUGAGAGAGAGAGAGAAAGAGAUUCUCACACUGGCUGUGUCCUAAUCCGAGUCCAUCUCAAAGAAGCAGCGGAGCAGAGUGUUAGUGAAGUGAGUCUGAGAGCCGAGGAGAGCUACAUCAGCUAGCUCACUCCACUUCGCACAAACACACACAGACACACGUUCUCCCUCUCCUUCUCGCGCUCUCGCUCUCUCCCUCUUUCACAAACACACACACACUCUCCGUGCAACGGGAGUCCACGAUGUGUCCGGCUGCAUAGCCACGGCUUUUGUGAAAGUGAGGGGAUUGCCGCUGCCCCUGUCCCAGCCCCCUUGGCUCACACACUCAGUGUUUGCCUGCCGUGUUUAAGCUCGAGGUGCUGGUGGAGGUGUGGAGGGAGGGGGCACUGCCAGGGCAGAGCAGGGGCACCGAAAGGGAGGAGGAGGAGAAGAAGAAGACGAAGAAGAGAAGGAGGAAGAAGAAGGAGACAAAGUGGAUCAGGUCGACAGCGGUGGAUUGAAUGUUGGAAAUGCCCGUCAGGUCUGAGUCCAUCACGUCCUCAGCCAAUCGAAGCCUUCGUUAACAGCGGCGUGGGCACGUGAUUGGAGGAAGGAUGGCAACCAUGCCAUUUGUUAGUGAGGGGAAAUGUGUGAGUGUGGAGUGGGAUUUCCUGCAAGGACUACUGGCCAAACCUCCCACCCUGCCCUGUCUCCAGAACCUGCGUAAAGAGAAAUCUCGCAAUGCGGCUCGUUCUCGGCGGGGGAAGGAGAACUUCGAGUUCUUUGAGCUGGCCAAGAUGCUGCCACUGCCCGGGGCCAUCACAAGCCAACUGGACAAAGCUUCGGUCAUCCGGUUGACCAUCAGCUACCUGCACAUGCGGACCUUUGCCAGUCAGGGGGACCCACCCUGGAGCCCUCUGCUGGAGGGAGACAGCAACUGCAGCAAAGUUAGACGUUCAUCUCAUUCUCUGGCGACUGACAUGUUUGAGCAGCACCUAGGGGCACACCUCCUGCAGUCUCUAGAUGGCUUUGUGUUUGUGGUCAGCCAGGAGGGACGGUUCCUCUACAUCUCAGAGACAGUUUCUAUCUACCUGGGACUCUCACAGGUGGAGCUGACUGGCAGCAGUGUGUUCGACUACAUCCACCCAGCGGACCACGUCGAGAUGGCGGAGCGGCUGGGAAUCAGGCCACAUCUACGGGCCGAGGCCGGCUGUCACACAGCCCCUGAGAGCGCUUCCAGCUCUGCGUCCACCUCCUCCUUAGCUGGUACCCCUGAACCCGCAGCUCCAUCCAGUCCUCAUUCUCCUGCCGACGAUCCACCCGAGCGUGGCUUUUUUAUCCGCAUGAAGUCCACGCUCACCAAAAGAGGCCUGCAUGUCAAGUCUUCUGGAUACAAGGUAAUCCACGUGACGGGACGAAUCCGCUGCCGCCCCGCUCUCGUCCCGGGCUCCACCCGAUCAGUGCGUCGACCGAUGGGUUUGGUUGCGCUGGCGCACACUCUCCCGCCCUCCACGCUUAAUGAAGUCCGCAUGGAGAGCCACAUGUUUGUGUUCCGAGUGAACAUGGACCUACAGGUUACAUACUGUGAGAACAGGAUCUCUGAGUAUAUGGAUCUGACUCCAGCAGAGGUAGUGGGACAUACCUGUUACCAUUUCAUCCAUGUAGAAGACCUGGAGAACCUCCGGCAGAGCCACGAGGACUUGCUAAGAAAAGGCCAGGUAGUGACUGGUUAUUAUCGCUGGCUCCAGAGGAGAGGAGGGUACCUGUGGAUCCAGUCCACUGCCACUGUGUCCAUCAACCACAAAGCCCCCCACGAACGCAACGUUAUCUGGGUUAACUACGUCCUGAGUCGAACAGAGCUGCCCGACACUCCCCUGGAUCUGCUGCAGCUACCAGAGAGCAUAAGAGCAGAGCGACUUCGAAUCAGCUCGUCCCCGACCGAUGGCUCCACACAGGCCCGAGGCUCGCAACCUGUGAAGAGCUCAGUGGGGAAAAGCGACCCUGACACUAAAGGCAGAGACAAAUUCACCACCACGGCCAUUCAAUCAGAGGACAGGAGGAAGCGCCUGCUGAGGUCUGACCCGGAGGGCGCACCUCCCGAAACCCGUCGCAGACUGGAGGAGCUCCGUCACACGGAGGAGAGUGUCUCUGCCUCCUCAGACCUGGCGAGCGAAAGCGAAGGGGAAGAGGAAGAUGAAACCGAGUGGGACCAGGGAGGCGACAGCGACAGAUUGAAACGGGAAGACAGCGGAGGAGGAGGUAAACAGAGCAGAGGAGGAGACACCCCGACGAGAGGGGAGAGGGGAGGGAGGGUGCACAAUGGCCGGGCUGUGAUCCAGCAGCUGAAAAGUGUAGUGACUCCAUCUCCCCUGCCCGGCAGCCCAGGCAUCAAGACUGAGCAUGAAGCCCUGACCACCGGGGGGCGCUGGGGAUCACACACUCAAACUUCCACCUCCCACACACACACCACUCAGCCCCAGCCCUCGCAUGCACACACGCCGUCCAGCAGCCUCAAUGGUGACAGCCCCACCACCCCGAUCCCGGACUCCUCUUCCAGCAGCGAAGCUCCACCGAAGGGUUUGUUCACUCCCCCAUCCCCAGCUUUGUCCCCCGCCAUGCCCGUGUCCUCCCCGUUGCCCCGCGAGGACAGGGCUGUGUCGGCGGGGGUGGUCAGCCGGAGCAGUGGCGGUAGUGGUGGUGUAGGUAACGGUCCUGACUUUGAGCUGCUUCAGAGACUGGCUGCUGGAAGUGCAGCGGGCCGGGUCCUCUUCCACCCCCUUGCCCUCGGCCCGCAGGGCCCUCAGAGCCUCUAUGCCCCAAGCACUAUCCGCUACGCUCCACCUGAGCUCCCCCCUUCCCACCACCACAGCACAGGACACAGUGAUGGCCUGCAGCUACGCUCGGACCACCACAAGGGACCCCCACCGGCCUUCUUCCCCCACCUACAGCGGCUGGCCGGCCUUCCACCCUUCAGUGGUUUCUCCCCAUCUGACAGCCCCUUCUCCUCUAGCCUGCCCUUCUGUAUGAAUGGACUGAGGGGGGCUGCGGGCACAGAGGAGGACUGAGUCUCAGAGGGGAGGAUGUGAGAGGAGAAAAUAAACUGAAGGAGAGAGCGGAGUGACAGGACGGAAAGAGAGACAUUGAAAAGGGCAGGAGAGACAGAAGUGGCAGUAGAUUAAACCUCUGAGGACGUUACUAAUUGGACAAUGAGUUGAAUAACUGCAAUCUAAAGUGUGUGACAAGCCGCUGCCAUAGGAUUUUAUCAUGUCAGCCUGUUGUGUACGAGUGACAGUGACUCUCAGAGAAACGGGGACAUGGAAACUUUUGACUGGUUGUCCCUCAAGACUUUUCAUCUUCGCGACAACAACGAACUCUGCUCUGUGACUUUCUCUAGAUGACUGUGUUGAUUUAUGUGUCUCUUCCACUCAGAGAAGCCAUAUUGUACAUAGAGAGAAAACCAUGACGACCCUCAGCUCACAUCCUCACCGUCAAUGUCCGUCACCGCACAUUAACCCAAUUAACCCUAAAACCAGUAGGAAGAGAUGGGCACUCGUCUGUAGGAAUAAAAAUGACUUUGGAAUAUAAAUUUUUAUUAUUGCAGUAUUAUACAAAUCAUCUCUUUCAGUGGGCUCCGGGUGACAGUUUGAUUAUAGGGUUUCAACUUAAAAUAGGUGGAGACAGCUUUUUGGUGUUUUGUAUCGAUACUUAAAAUAAUAAUAUAAAACAAUAAUAUUGAAAAAAAGAUCCAAGUAUUCAUCGAUUCAGCCAUACUAAAAGCACACUUUUGGGACAAAAGUAUGAUUAAAGUAGUCCCAGACAUUCCAUUAUAUAUAAGGGAAGGAAAUGCAAUGCAGACAGGAAGCUACUUGUAUUGUUUAAUUAUAGGAAGGCGAUUUGUUUAACUGAUUAUGACUUCUAGUGUAUCAUGACAAUGUACAAUGCUGCAGUUGUGUUUGUGUAUGAAAGCCAUAUUCUUGUUUGUUUUUAGGUUUAUAUUGUUUUUCUUCACCAGGUGAAACCGAUUGGGAAAUUGUUUAAAAUACGACUGUUUUAGUGGAUGAAAAAAAAUGUGAAAAUGCUUUAGGAGGGGAAAUGUGCUGGACAGAAGUGUUUUUAUCAUUUAAACAUGGUUUUUUUUUUGGUUUUUUUUUUCUGAGCACUUACCGAAAUUUGUUCUGGUGUGAACUCUAAAGCACUUCACGGUUCGGCGUGUGAUCCUGUUAAAACAGAAAACAAUGCAAGAGCGGCCGCUAAUAUCAUAGCCUGAGCACGGUAUGUGGAGUGGGGGUGGGGGGUGGGGGAUAUAAAUGCUCAUUUAGAAAGGCAGGUAAAUAAACAAGACCACAUGUGGUCAUUAAAAUGUGACCGUCGGAGGUCGAUAAAACAAAACAGAAUUGUUCUGAUAUUGGUUUCAGUUCAAGCGAGUCAACUGGAGAUAAAGUUUUAAAUUAAAAAGUGGGGAUAUGAAACACUUUAAAUUUCAGUUUCAUAGCAAUUGAUUGGAGCUCCUCUCAGGAAAAACAAAACACUUUUGACUUGGAAAAAAUGAAACAACUAAAACAAAAUUAUACAUAUAUGUGUAAGAAAAUCACAACUAAAAUAAUAAAGAAGAAGGAGAAUUCAUAAAUAAUAACAUUUGGAAAUUUCACCCGGCCAAACUCAUCAGGAAAAAGAAGUGAGAAGAAUAAAAUUUAACCACGAUAUGCAGUGAUAUAAGCUGUGAGAGAGAUACGUUAAAAACAGUCUAGCACUUUGUAAUAAGGUCGUCUGAUCUGCCAUGUUAGCCAAAUACAUGUAAAUUUAUAUAUACAGCAAUUUGUUGAAAGCCAGGCCUUCUGGCACUAUUUUCUUUUUCCUUCUUCUAAAUUGAGAUUAUGAUCGACAGCCUGAUCUGAGGGUUCGCUUUAUGGAACCGCUCAUAUCGUCACGUCUGACAGAGGCGGGGUGGGGCUGGGUGGGGGUUUAAAAAAAAGACGGGGCGGGGGAAAGGGCGCGCUACACACCCAUACUACAAAUAUGUGUCAGCGCACAUAUGCUCGGGUGUUUACUGGUAUAAUAAGUGUGUGUGUGUGUGUUUGAAUGCGGGCGUGUUCGCCUGUUAAAAGUGUGUGAGUGAGUUUGGAUUUUGUUUUGUUUUUGGGUUUUUCUGUUGUUGUUGAAUUAAACGGCUAACCCCUCGCCCAUCACUGUGAAUCUAACAUUAUUCUCCCAUCUUUGUGAAUACUCCACCCACUCGUCAAAUAAAAUGAACAAAUGUAAAAAUAAUAACAGUGAUACAGAUGAUGAUGAUGAUAACAAUAAAAUAUUCCAGUAGAGGAGCACA